GGUUUCCGGGCGGGCCUCCUGAGGCCGGCGCACAAGAUGGCGGGCCCUGCGGCCCGCGGGAGGCGGCCGAGGCGGGACCGGGAGCUUUAGCGCCGGGCGUGGGGCUGGAGUUAGGCCUCGCCAGGUGGCGGGUGGUCGGGGCGGCGCCGCCGGGCCUCGUGGAGUGCCAGGCCGGCUCGCUGCUGCCCCCAGGCCCCAUCGCCACUCCCGCCCCGCCCCGGGUGGAACCAAAGAAAGGUCAGGCCCGGCCGCCCCGCCUGUGCUCGCCCGGGGCGGUGACUGCGAGUGGCUGGCUUUUAGAGUUGAUCUUAGCCACGUGCAGCUUCCAUGGCUGCUUUGCAGGCCCCGGGGGAGAAGAUUAACAUCCAGGCGGGAGAGACGGCCAAGACCGGCGACCGGGACCCGCUGGCGAGCGACUGGCCCGAGCAGGACAGGCCACCCCAGCGCUCCUGGAGGCAGAAGUGCGCCUCCUACGUGCUGGCCCUGAGGCCCUGGAGCUUCAGUGCCUCGCUCACCCCGGUGGCCCUGGGCAGUGCCCUGGCAUACAGAUUCCAGGGCGUCCUGGACCCUAGGCUUUUGGUGGGUUGUGCGGUGGCUGUCCUGGCUGUACACGGGGCCGGCAACUUAGUCAACACUUACUAUGACUUUUCCAAGGGCAUUGACCACAAAAAGAGUGAUGACAGGACCCUGGUGGACCGCAUCUUGGAACCCCAGGAUGUUGUCCGGUUUGGAGUCUUCCUGUACACCCUGGGCUGUGUCUGUGCCGCUUGCCUCUACUACCUGUCCUCUCUGAAACUGGAGCACUUGGCUCUCAUCUACUUUGGAGGCCUCUCUGGCUCAUUUCUCUACACAGGAGGAAUUGGAUUCAAGUACGUGGCCCUGGGAGACCUUGUCAUCCUCAUCACGUUCGGCCCUCUGGCCGUGAUGUUCGCCUAUGCCGUCCAGGUUGGGUCCCUGGCGAUCUUCCCUCUGGUCUACGCCAUCCCGCUGGCCCUCAGCACUGAGGCUAUCCUCCAUUCCAACAACACCAGGGACAUGGAGUCCGACCGGGCGGCGGGCAUCGUCACGCUGGCCAUCCUCAUCGGCCCCACCUUCUCCUACGUGCUCUACAACACGCUGCUCUUCCUGCCCUACCUGAUCUUCAGCAUCCUGGCCACACGCUGCAGCAUCAGCCUGGCGCUGCCCCUGCUCACCAUUCCCAUGGCCUUUUCUCUCGAGAGGCAGUUCCGCAGCCAGGCAUUCAACAAGCUGCCCCAGAGGACGGCCAAACUCAAUCUCCUGCUGGGGCUCUUCUAUGUCUUUGGCAUCAUCCUGGCUCCAGCAGGCAGUCUGCCCAAACUCUGAGGGGACUGGCAGCUCCCCGCACAACACGGCCCUCUUUCUUAGGAUGUCCAAGUCCCAAGAAGCAACUAGGAACUUGGUAGGGUGGGUACUGAGCAUGGGCUGUGAACUCUGUCUUUUUAUAUGAUUAUAAUGUUCUUCAAGAUGA